AUCGUCAAUUUUCAACUGUGCAGCGGUCAACGCGUACAAACUGUGUCUGCGAAGGGGCGUUAGUGGGUGUGUCUGUCUAUCCGAUAUAAAAUGAGUAAUAAGCUUACACUGGGCUUGCUGCAGCUGCCCGCAGGCAGGGACGUCGCGGAGAACGUGCGUCAAGCUCUGGAAAGCAUUAUGCAGCUAAAAGCUGACAAUCCGCAGCUUCAGCUGGCCAUAUUACCGGAGAGCUUCAACGGUCCAUACAGCAUUGAGGAGUUUGACCGGCAUGCCGAAGCUGUACCGGAUGGGCCCACCUGUCAGGCGCUGUCCAAGCUCGCCCGCAAGCUGGCUAUCUACAUCAUUGGCGGCAGCAUAAUUGAGCGGGAUGACCGCAGUAAGCUGUACAACACGUGCACAGUAUGGGCGCCCAACGGCCAGCUAAUUGGCCGACAUCGUAAGCUGCAUCUCUUUCAUGUGAACAUUGAACCGGAACAGCUUGGCGGCGUGCAGUUCGAUGAAGGCGAAGCUUUGACCGCAGGCAGCGAGCCAACAGUGGUACAAAUAGGAACGCAGAAAGUCGGCAUUGGCAUCUGCCAUGACAAGCGAUUCGAGGAGCUGGCGCGUCUCUAUCGAAACAUGGGUUGCUCCAUGAUUGUCUAUCCCUCGGCCUUCUGCAUCUGCCAGGGUCCCAUGCACUGGGAGCUAUUACAGCGGGCCCGCGCUACGGAUAAUCAACUCUUUGUGGUCACCUGUGCGCCCGCCCGCAACAACAUGUCCGGCUAUGUGGCAUAUGGACAUUCGAUGAUUGUCGAUCCCUGGGCGAGAGUACUGCGCGAGGCGGGCCAUGGACGUGAACUGAUUGUGGAGACAAUUGAUUUCGACACGGUGGAUGAAGUGCGUCGCCAGAUUCCCAUCUACAAGCAGCGGCGCACUGAUAUAUAUGAGCAGGCCAGGGCGAACAUUUAAAAACUGGCGUGCGUCUUAGAAAUGUGAACAACUCGAAAUAAAUAUGCAUAAAGUUUGCCUAUCCAACUAGCAGAUGCCCUAUAAUCGCUCGUAACUCAAGCCU